AUGCCGGCAGGGCACGUCUCGCGGGUCCGCGCCUUGUAUCGGCGCAUCUUGCUGCUGCACCGGGGUCUGCCCCCAGACCUUAAAGCCCUUGGUGACCAGUACGUGAAGGACGAGUUUAGGAGGCAUAAGACCGUUGGUUCUGACGAGGCCCAGCGUUUCUUGCAGGAAUGGGAGGUGUAUGCAGCAGUGCUAUGGCAACAAACUAAUGAAAACAGACAAAAUUCAACAGAAAGAGUGUGUUUUGGAGUUGCCCUACCAGAAGAAAAACUUAAUGACUUUCGUGAUGAACAGAUUGGACAGUUGCAGGAGCUGAUGCAAGAAGCUACUAAACCUAACAGACAAUUUAGUAUUCCUGAAUCUAGGAAACCAGAAUUUUAG